AAAUAUUUUUAAUGGUUGAAAGAACAUUUUUAACCCCGCUCUCUCUACUCCUCCAAAUGAUUACUCUGUCUCUCACAUCAGUGAAACUAACAAGAACAAGAGGAACAGAAGGAAAAAAAUACUGAUCCGCUUCUGAUUUAGGCCAGACGACAACUUCCAUAGACACAAAAAAGUGGUCGAUUUCUAAAGAGAGAAAUUUCAAUGGGUGGGGUGACUUCGUCCAUGGCGGCCAAGUUCGCUUUUUUCCCGCCGAACCCACCUUCCUACAACCUAAUCACCGACGAAUCCACUGGUCUCUUGCUCUUGGACCCCUUCCCUCACCGGGAAAAUGUCGAGGUUUUGAAGCUACCGACCCGUCGAGGCACCGAGAUCGUCGCUGUCUAUGUGAGGUACCCCAUGGCCACCUCCACUCUUCUCUACUCUCACGGAAAUGCUGCUGAUAUUGGUCAGAUGUAUGAGCUCUUCAUCGAACUCAGCAUACACUUGCGUGUCAAUCUAAUGGGGUAUGACUACUCUGGCUAUGGGCAGUCAUCUGGAAAGCCGAGUGAGCACAAUACUUAUGCAGAUAUUGAAGCUGCAUAUAAGUGUCUCGAAGAGAACUAUGGUGCUAAGCAGGAAGAUAUCAUCCUUUAUGGCCAAUCUGUUGGAAGUGGCCCUACUUUGGACCUUUCAGCUCGUUUGCCCCGACUACGAGCCAUUGUCUUGCACAGUCCUAUACUAUCAGGCUUAAGAGUCAUGUACCCUGUAAAGCGCACUUAUUGGUUUGAUAUCUACAAGAACAUUGACAAAAUCCCAUUAGUGAAGUGUCCUGUUCUGGUCAUUCAUGGAACUUCUGAUGAAGUUGUGGACUGGUCUCACGGUAAACAGCUUUGGGAACUAUGCCAAGAGAAGUAUGAACCAUUAUGGAUUAAAGGUGGAAAUCACUGUAAUUUAGAGCUAUAUCCGGACUAUAUUCGGCACCUAAAAAAGUUCGUAUCUACAAUUGAAAAAUCGCCUUCCCGGAGGAGCAGUUCAAGGAGUGCAGAUCGGCCUGAACAUUCCAGGAGAAGUACUGAUUGUUAUGAGGCUCCAAGGAAGAGCACUGACCGGAGAGAGAGACCAAGGCGAAGCACCGAUAAGCCUGAAAAACUGAAGAGUUACGAAUACAAAUUCAGUAAUGAUGACAAGCUUGCCAAGUUAAAGAUAUCUUUCGACCAGAUGGAGAGGUCUCGGAGGAGUGUGGAAUACCAUGAGAAAUCACGGAGAAGCAUCGAUCAACAACUGGAAAGAGCAAGGAAGAGUGUUGAUUGGUUGGAUAGAAUAAGAGCUGGUUAAAUUUAUAGAAUCCAUUGUAUAAUUUGCACCUGGUUUGUGGAGGGUCUUGUUUGUUUAAUCACAAGAUUCUAGUCAAUAAUCCUACAGUUGGGUUUGUAUUUAAUCAUUUCAGUCUGAUAUUACAAUGGGUUGAACACUGUAAUGGUAAGUUAAAAAUCAAAAAUGAAGUUUUGUUUUUGUGCUUCCAGUA